CGCGACCCAGGCUUCAGUUCACUGUCCGCUAAAAGCAGAGGAGUGUAACGGAUUAAACUGCUACUGAAACAUGAUUCGUAAAGUUUAUUCGCGUUAUUUAAUUAUUCGACUUUAGUUUGUUUUCUUGAUCGUUGAGUUUUAAGAGAGAGCGCGGGUGAAUGAUGGCUGCAGGUGAGAGCAGCAGUGAGGAGGAGGAGAGCAGAGAGCGGCUUAAAGAGGCGCUGUGGAGUUUCACAUCUCAAACACACCACAUGAACCAAGACGGAGGAAAACACACACACAGCAGGAGCAGACUGAAAGUGUCUGAGCACGAACACGAUGGCAAUGAGCUGAAAACCACACCAGAGUUCCGCUCUCACGUCGCCAAGAAGCUUGGAGCCAUGCUGGACAGUGUGAUCUGUGAGGUGUUCAGCGAGACUCCUGACUGUAAACCUGUGCCAUGUGAAAACACACAGGAUGAAGCUGAUGAUGGUUUCCGACUUUUCUCGACAUCACUUCCUGGUAACUGGAGGGAGGAGCCAAAGCAAACUACACGCUCUGAACGCAGACCUGCACCCAGCUCCAGUGACAGUGACAGUGAGAUGGAGUCGAGGCUGAGGGAAGCGGCUGUGUCCGUAUCAGACCUGCUUCCUUCCUCCACAGAGAGACGACAGGAGGAUGAGAAGACAGAUUCUGGAGCGAGGGAUGAGGAGAGCACUGAACCAAAGAAGAAGAAAAAGAAGAAAAGGAAAGUUGUGAUGGAGAGAGAGGAAGACGAGUUGUUAGCGCAGGGAGACAGAGCUGUGAGUCAGGAACAGAGUGGAGAGAACAUGCUGAAGAAAAAGAAGAAGAAAGGGACUGAGUGAGGGAGUGAAAGAGUGACGGUAAUCUCGGUGUUUCAGUUGUGUUUAUCAUCAGUGGCGGUUCUUUAUAGUGAUUGUUCACUGCAGUUUGUUUUUUUCAUAUUUUAUUUUUUAUAAAUAAAUGUUUUGUUUAUACAAAAGAGAA